AUGUGGAAUCUUCCUUUUGAGGCGACUUACAAGGUGUUUUUGGGUGCAGCGAGGUCCGGCGCUGUUUAUAAGUACGCGUCGAUGUUGGAGUUACCGAUUGCGUCCUUUUUAUAUUACUAUGACAAUCCAGAAAAGAGUUUCCUAGAUUGUUGCACGGAAACAGGAAAUCCGGCUGCUCUACUCCGGGUAGGGAUGAUUGAUUUCAUCUGGAGUGGCCACUGCAUCGGUGGAAUGGACACCUUGACUAUGGCUGCAACGGGUGGCGAUGUUGAAGCCUAUUACUUGUGUGCGAUGCUGCUACUGUCUCAUGGCAAGGAAGAUGAAGGGAACAUGCGAAGGGAACUUGAAUUUUUUGAAACUGUACGUGCUUCUAGGGUGGUCAAAAGGUGCAAAGAGGUCUUCAGGUAG